AUGUCGUUCCGUAUCGAGAAGAAUCCUUCCAAAGCGACUGCGAAGCGGCAGUCCUUACUGAUCCGUAUCGAACAAUUCGGGUCUCCCGGCGAUCCCUGUCGACGCUGGCAUCAGCGUUCUUUGACGUGCAAGCGCCUUCCUGACGCUGGAAAGUGUGGCGAGUACGUUCGUUACAGUCGCCCCUGCGUAAGCAUGGAUACUGAUACCGAGCUGACCGUGGUUCUGGAGGAGAGGGCUCGAGUGGUUCAAACCAAGGCGGAGGUCCUGAAGAACAUUCAAGAGUUGGCGAAGAAGUUGGCUCAGUUGGAGCAGGAACAAGAACGUCUGUCUGCAAAAAGUCGGGAGCUCACGGAGCGUAGUAUGGCGGAGUUGGAAGCGUUGGAGGCAGAGGAGCGGGCAGAGGAGCAAGCCCAGACGCUGUCCCAAGGGCAAGCGGCUGGCGUGCCUAAUGCCUCCGUGUCUUCAUUCGAUUGGUCGUCCCUCGACGUGUCCGAUUACCCUGCUGCUUGGCUAGGUAGUCCUGCGCCCCUGGGCGAUCCGGGUUCCUCCGGUGGAAUUCCUCCAACUUCUCAGGGCAACUCAAAUUCUUGA